AUGACACCAUCAUAUAAAAAAAACUCCCUCUUACUUGCACUCGGUUCACUAGCGGCUGCUCAGCAGAGCAUCCAAUAUUCCAACAGUGCAUGCUCGGACUUUGCUUCGACCUUCACUUAUCCCAAUCUGACAAUCUAUGCCGGCACCAGCAUCCCCGCAGGAACAAACAUCACCCUUCCCUAUGAUGACUCGCCCAACAGCUGCGGUCAGCCAUACCAGGUCGUGGACACAGAAAUAUGUCGCCUGACAAUGUAUGUGACCACCUCAUCCCGGUCAGGAAUCCACAUGGAAGCCUGGCUCCCCUCGAACUGGACUGGUCGCUUCCUCGCAACCGGAAAUGGCGGCCUGAACGGCUGUGUGGGCUAUGCAGACAUGGCGUAUGGAGUCUCACUGGGUUUUGCUAGUGUUGGGGCCAACAAUGGACACAACGGCACCACGGGCGAGGAAUUUAUUAUACCAGACGUUCUGGAGGACUUCGUUUGGAGGAGCUUGUAUACCGAGACAGUGGUUGGAAAAGCCGUCACAAAAGCAUUCUACGAGGAAGACUACACGAAGUCUUACUACUUGGGCUGCUCGACAGGCGGGAGACAAGGCUUCAAGAUGGCACAAUCGUACCCGGAUCUCUUCGAUGGGAUUGUAGCUGGAGCCCCCGCCUUGACUUUCAAUAAUUUGACGGUAUUCUCGGGGUCGUUCUAUCCAAAAACAGGAUCCAACACUUCAGAGACUUAUCUCUCCCCAGCAGAAUGGGCGCUGGUCCAACAGGACGUAAUGAAACAAUGCGAUGGUCUGGACGGAGUCGAAGACAACAUUAUCGAGGCCCCUGAACUCUGCACUUACACGCCCGUCGGACUUCAAUGUCCCUCCACGGCAACAAACACAUCAAGUUGUCUAACCUCUGCACAAAUCAAAACCGUUUCCGCAGUUCUGUCCGACUUGCACGGUGAGAACGGCGCUCUGAUCUACCCACGUCUGCAACCUGGCGUUGAAGUAGCCGCCUCAAGAAUCCUCCUCACAGGUCAGCCGUUUUCUUACACAGCGGAUUGGUUCCGCUAUGCAAUUCUCAACGACACCACCUGGGAUCCUGCAACGCUGGAUAGCGCAACUGCUGCAUACGCCGCCUCUGUCAAUCCCUUCAACGUGGAGACUUGGGAAGGUGAUCUUUCCGCAUACCGAGAUCGUGGAGGGAAGCUAUUGCAUUAUCACGGGCAGGCGGAUCCUUUGAUUCCAAGCACCAACAGUCCAAGAUACUAUGAACACGUUGUCACGACCAUGGGCGCACCGCCGUCGGAGCUCGACGAAUUCUACCGCUUCUUUAGAGUCGGCGGGAUGGGUCAUUGUCGUGGGGGCAACGGGGCAUGGGUGAUUGGAAGCCAGGGUGGAGCAAGUCCUGAGGCCCAGAAGAACGUGCUGAUGAGGAUGGUUGAUUGGGUCGAGAAGGGCAGUGAUGCGGCGCCGGAGAGUGUGACGGGUGUCAAGUUUGUUAAUGACGACCCGACCAAAGGCGUGGAUUUCGAGAGGAAGCAUUGCAAGUACCCGUUGAGAAACCGAUGCAAGGAUCCRGCAAACUACAAGAGUGCUGAUGCAUGGGAGUGCGUGGUUUGA